GGGUGGAGGGAGAGAAGGAGAGAGAGAGGGAGGCAACGGAAGGCGGAGAAGGAGAGAGAAGGGAGUAAGAAGAAGGGAGCGGAAGAGUCGCUCGGAGGAGGCGACCAUCAUUCUUCUCUCCUGUUCUCCUCCUGAGCGGAGGCGAGUCUGGAGGCUGGUGACCGUGGGCGUUUUGAGGGCUGUUCUCAGUGCAGGACUCGGCUUAUACGGCGUUUUUGGUGUAGAAGCUACGCGCAUUUCUGCUGGCCUGUGCGCGAGCGCUGUAUGUAAGAGCAUUGCCCUUAAACUGGCUCUUUGAAGAAGAACGCGAGCGUCUGCGCGCGAGGAGCUCGUCAUAUAUCGUUCUUAACAUUAAUCGUGAUCCUAAACGCUGAAUUGCUGGACUCGGACACACAUGCGUGUCCACUCUGCCUCCUGCGCUGAGCUCUACUGCCGCUCUCCUCCAGCUGGCUGGUGAUUUGAGGACUGCAGCCUGCGCUCCUUCAGGUCCGAUGCGGUGUUCCGGGCGGAUCUGAUCCCAAACAGGGAUCGCCAUGGCCGCGUCUGGCGGACACAAGAGCGAGAAGUUGGACGAGGCUCAGGCUCUGGCCAAAAGCUGCGCAGGACGGCCGGAUUUCUUGCCCUGCGAUGGACUGUCCAUCUGCGCCACGCACAGCCACGGCAAGUGCUUCAAGCUGCACUGGUGCUGCCAUCUGGGCUGGUGCCACUGUAAAUAUGUCUACCAGCCUAUGACCAGUGUCUGCCAGCUUCCCAGCACCUCAGUUCCUGCCACGCCCUCAGACCACACCCAAACAAUGAACUUGUCCAUCUCCCUGACCGAGCGCCUCCUCAGGACCGCCCCCAACUUCAGAGCCCCACCCUGCCCAGAAUCACCCAAGUUUUGCGUCAUCUCUGACCUGUUUGUUGACGACUACAUUGUGAAACGGAUCAACGGAAAGAUGUGCUACGUGCAGCGGCCACCCCCAUCGAUGCCCAGUCCACCACAGCAGCCGCAGGCUUUGCAAACCCAAUCGUCCAAUCAGAAGGCCCAUAAGCAAGCAGCCCAAGUGGGUCAAACUCAAGGUAAGCAAAGCCAAAAAGCAGGUCCCAAAAUGGACCACUGUUCUUCACCAUCCAGUUCAGAAGAUUCCGGCAUCAAUGCGUUGGGUCUGCAUUACAUGGAGUCGUGUGACGAAGACUCCUGUGAGGACGAUGAGGAUGAGGAAGAGGAGGAUGACGAGUUAAGCACAGACGGAGACUCUAGUCCGGGUAGCCUCUGGGAGCAAGACGAGUGCACCCUACUUUCACCAUCCAAGUCUACAGUGGAGAUCAUUGAGAAGAUUGAGACGACUGUCUGAUGCAUUAAGACGUUUUUCAGACAACACAAGCCUAAUCUAUCCUAUAGUUCUCAACUUGAGGAUGGGAUUUGACCACCGGUUGGCUGAACAAGAGCUCAACCAAAGAGCCAAGAGGACACAAACACUCACACUGUCUGGUAGUGCACCUGAGAUGUUUCCACAGAAACCACCCUACUCUCUCUCUUGAGGUUGGAACUUUCUCCACGGUCCUUCUCUCCAUCACCUUCAUUUUCCUUAUAUACAGUCUUCUCUUGGCAUGGUGACACUGCUACGGAUUACACGCAAUGGAGUUAAAACAUACACUGAAGAUUACGGCCACAGGUUGUGUAAGCGAUGGAAUACUUUCUUCACCAACAGAAGGAGCAAGUUCAUACUCGACAGUGAUAAUAAGGUUUAAAAUUAAUUUUCACACGUACACAAACACAUUCACGCUCUAAACAAGAUGGAGCAAGGGCUACCUCUGCAGAAGAAAACUACGACGGAGUUUUUCCUCAAAGGAACUUAAAUGUAAUCUGGCAGAUACAUCAGAAAUCAAAGGAAGAGAAAGGAGGUCCGAGUAGGAGAGUAAAAAAAAUAAGAAAUACCGUCCACCAUUCAGUGGAAAAGAAAAAAAAGAAAAAAAAA